AUGGCGCGAAGACCAGCACGUUGUUAUCGUUACUGCAAGAACAAGCCCUAUCCCAAAUCCCGCUUCAAUCGCGGCGUCCCAGAUGCCAAAAUUCGCAUCUUCGAUCUGGGCCGGAAGAAAGCCUCAGUGGAUGAUUUCCCUUGCACUGUACACCUUGUCUCCAACGAAUAUGAACAACUAAGUUCCGAAGCGCUGGAAGCUGCACGUAUCUGUGCCAACAAAUACCUCGUCAAGGUCGCCGGCAAAGAAUCCUUCCACAUGCGCAUCCGAGUACACCCCUACCACGUAAUCCGUAUCAACAAGAUGCUCAGCGUCGCAGGCGCCGAUAGAUUACAAACCGGCAUGCGCGGCGCAUUUGGUAAACCUGCUGGCAAAGUCGCUCGUGUGAACGUGGGCCAGAUCUUGAUUUCUGUUCGGACUGUUGAUCGGCAUCGUGGGACGGCUGUUGAGGCGUUACGGAGAUCUAUGUAUAAGUUUCCAGGGAGGCAGAAGGUUAUUGUUAGUAAGAUGUGGGGGUUUACGCAUUUACAGCGUGAGGAGUAUCUGCGCUUGAAGGAGGAUGGGUUGUUGAGGAGUGAUGGGGCUUAUGUGCAGUUUUGUCGGAGGAAGGGGGAGCUUGUUGGGAAUAUGAAAAUGUUCCCUGGGGCUUAUAGUCAGGUUGGAGUUGAGGCUUGA